AUGGCAGACACAGAAAUUGAACAAAUAACUGAAACUGAUUUAAGUGUCAAAUUAAAUGGUAAUAUUCGUGCAAGUACUGAACAACUUAAACAAUCAAUUGAUUCACAAAAAACCAAUAAAAUGAUUGAUAAGAAUGAACAGAACCGUGGUUCCAGUUUGAAUUCUGAUAAAAGUCUUAUAGGAAGUAGAAAAUCUUUAUCGAAUUGUAGUAAUGAUGGUGAAGAUGAUUAUUGUGAAAUAAAUGAUGAAGAUAAUGACAGUGAAGAUGAACAUCAAAUUAAUAAUGCAGACUGUAAAUCAGAUAAUAGUAUUAUCGAAGAUGAUCAGACUCUUGACAGUGAAAAUGCAACCAUAAAUAGUGACGAUUUGUGUGAUCCAGAAAACAGUUAUAAUGGUACCAAAGAAAUAAAUAGCAAUGACAAUGAAGAACAAAUGGAAGUCGAUGAUACAGUUGAUGAACAAAAAACAGAAGAUGAUGAACAAAUGGAUGACGAAGAUGACGAUGGCGAUGACGAUGAAGAAGAUGAAAUAAUUGAUCAAAACGAUACUGAAAGUAGGUCAAAUGAGAUAAAAAAAUCAUUAGAAGAUUCUAGAAUUAAUCUUGAUAAAUCUGUGACUAUUGUUAAAGUUCCAGAUCCAAAGCAAAAUUCUGGUAGUAGUGGUAAAAAAAAAAUGAAAAGUUUACCUGAUAUAACCUUAACUCCACGCAGAAGUACACGGAAUUUAAACAAACUCAAAAGUUUUAGUGAUAAAGACGAAGAGAAGAAAGAUAGUGUAAUAGUAGAUGACAGCACUAAAAUUUUACCUCAGAAAUCACCAAUGAUAACCAAACCAAUUGUUGUUAAUGACACUAAAAAAUUAGUAGAAAUUGCUGCUGGAACAAAACAAAAAAGUAACAAAAAAGAACCGACUUUAGUUAUCAUUGAUACUAACAUGUUAACAGGACGAAGUAACUUACCUAUUGCGGUGUCUGUGCAAUCAAACACUUCAAAUAAUGCAAUGAAUGUCACUCAAACCGUUAGUAAAUCGAUUCAAAAUUCCUAUAAUCGAGUGCAACACUCACAAACUACUAUCAAGCCUUUCAUAUUAACUACUACACCAACUGCUGUUACAGUACCUACAAAUGUUCCAAAACCUCCAAUCAUAUUACCAACUCUAACUGAUGAUAUGUUUGUUGUUGAAGCUCCGUCUUUUAUUGUGCCUUAUGUCUAUGAAAAGCCACCCAAAAAACCAUUAAAAGAGUUUGUUGAAAAAAUUGUAAAAAUAAAAGUUUCUAAAGGAGAUGAAGAAGAAAAUCAAUGUGAAGAAUCUUUAGAUAAGAAAAACGAAAAUAACCAGAAGGAAAAGAUAAGUAAAAAAUCGGAAACUAAUGAAAAGAUGGAUGUCGAUGAGUCAGUAAAUGAAGUGUCUGGUUGCGAAAAAAAAACAGAUAAUUGUAAAGAAAAUAGUCCUAAAAAUAAUGAAAAUGGGGAUGAGAAAAUGUUAGAUGAAUCAGAAAGUACUAAAAAGGAUGAUUCAAUUUCCAAAAAUUUGUCUGACUCAACAGAUUUAAAAAAAAGCGAUAGCAUUACCGAUCUCACUGUUGACUCUGAUGAAAAGAAAACUGAUGUUGUUAAACCAAAGAUUCAAAGUCCCAACUAUUUUGAAAAUCCAUUAGGUAAGUUUUUCAUGCAAAUAGGUGUAAACCUUGUUCAAGAGCAUGUUCAACUUGAUCUAUUACGUACUCAGAGAAGAAAAAGAGAUCGCGAAGGUGAUAAAUGUCCCCAAGAAGUUCACAUGGCUAUUAGUUCUUUAAUUAAAACUUUGGAAUUUAGUAAAGAGAAUAAUGAUCCAUUCCAAUUUGGUUUAAAAAAAUGUGAACUAUGUAAUUUUAAAUCUGAAUCAAGUUUAGUAAUGGCUCAUCAUUUAGAGACUCCACAUAUGACAGCCAAUUACUGCUAUAGAUGUAAUUUUUGUACUUUCCAAGUACGUAGUCCUCAUGAAAUUUUACAACAUAUGGAUACACAUAACAUUAGAGGACGCUUAGAAAGAGGUCCAGCUUUACAUCAAUGUCCAAGUUGUCCAUUUGAAGAUAGUUAUAAGGGUAAAUUAACAAGACAUUUGAUUUCUUGUUCGAAAAAAUAUCGACCGGAAAUCAAUCAGGCACCUCCAUUAGAUUGGGAACCUCCAGCAAAAAUACCCAGGGUAUUGCGAAAUAAACCUUCAAUGAGUCCUGGCAAUGCUGUUUACCAAGCAGCUAUGUCUGGAUUUAAACAAUUUCCCAAUCCUAAUAUGUUGCAAUUACAACAGCAACAAUAUAAUAAAAUGGUUCUUGCUUCUGGUGUUAGAGCCCGUGGCCGUACUGUUUUACCAGGACAGCGGUUUCCAGGAAUGGUGCCUUCUUUUCCAACUACACUGCCAAAUCAAACUUCUGGAGGAAUUUUGCUUAAGAAUACUAGUAUCAAACCAAUCAAUCAACCAAUUAUUGUCCCUACACCUUAUUCAAUGAACAAUCACACAUAUCAGCAAAAUUCAAAUAGUAGUAAAUCUGUUCAACAGCCAAGUAUAUCUAUAACACCUCUGCCUCGAUCAUUUCCAUCGAAUAGCACACAGUCAGCUUUUGUGUCUACAAUAUCUAAAUCCAAGCCCCAACAAACUCAGUCGUCAUCCACUUCAACUAAUAGUAGCAACAAACCAACUUUUGUAAUUUGUGAAAUAUGUGAUGGCUACAUUAAAGACCUAGAACAAUUGCGUAACCAUAUGCAGUGGAUACAUAAAGUGAAAAUUCAUCCAAAGAUGAUUUAUAAUCGACCACCGCUUAACUGUCAAAAGUGUCAGUUUAGAUUUUUUACUGAUCAAGGUCUUGAAAGACAUUUACUAGGAUCACAUGGUUUGGUCACAUCUAGUAUGCAAGAAGCUGCUAACAAGGGCAAAGAUGGUGGAAGAUGUCCAGUAUGUGGUAGAGUUUAUCAAUGGAAAUUGUUAAACCAUGUAAGCCGUGACCACUCUAUAUCAUUAAAACCAGCUCAUUUAUCUUACAAAUGUACCGUUUGCACUGCAACAUUUGGCAUGUAUAAACAGUUUGAAAACCAUGUAUAUUCAGCACACAGUAAUGUAGCUAAAAACUCAAACAAGAAACCUCUUGGGAAUCAACCUGUAGCCUCUUCGUCUUCUUCAUCAACUUCUAUAACGUCUUCACCAAAGCCAUUAAAAAUAAAUGAUGAAAUUACCAUAAUACCACAACCACCUAAGAUUCAAAAUUUGUCUGUUAAAAGUAGUAAUAGUAAUAAACAAGUUACAUCCGCUGGAAAACAAAGUUCAACUCCGACAGCAAAGGCCAAAUUUUGA